AUGAACGUGUUCAAGGUGAAACCGGAGUCGUAUUCGGACUUUGAGCAGGUCUGGAAAACCCGGGAGAGCCGCCUCAAGCAGAUGCCGGGCUUCGUGCGCUUCGCAAUGUUAAGAUGUGAAAACGUUCCUGGCAAGUACAUCAGCCAGGCAGCUUUGGAGUGCUGUGAGGGGGGGGGUACGUAUUGGCAGUCCAAGGAGGACUUCCAAAACUGGACCAAGAGCAGCCAAUUCGCCGCCAGCCAUGGCGGAGGCAGCGGAGGCAGUGGCAGCGGCAGCGGUGAGAGCAAGCGGCCCAACACCAUGACAAUGUUGGAGGGGCCGCCCUCCCCUGAGUUGUUCUCUACCGUCACCAUUACCGAAUAGGGGGGUCCUAUAGCACAGCGAAGGCGUGGAGCAGCAGCAACGGCACCAACAACAGCAUCAGGAACAGCAGGAGGAGGAGGAGCAGCAGGAGGGGGACGAGGAGCAGAGGGGGACUUCAUGUCUUCAGUCAGAACCCGCAGUGGCAAGGGGUCGCGAAGGAUUGCUGGGGUGAUGAUGGUGGCUGAGGAGUAAGGCUGAAUUAGCGGAUGCUGGGCCGGAUGCGUCCAACAGGCUGUGAGUCUUGGCCCCAAGGAGACUAUACUUAAAAUCAUUUAAUUCAUUUGAAUUCG